AUGGAAGAAGAGGACACCAGCAGCGACGGAGUGAACAAGCAGAUCCUCAUCCAGUUUGUGAACCACGAAAACAAGUCAACCGGCCCAGUAAUCAACGUACCGCUGAGCAUAACAAAGGAUAACUUGGAUCAGCUCAUAAAUGAUUUGAACAGAGAAAAUGAUGGCUCCAUUGAAGAGGAUGACCACCAAAAUCUGAACUAUUCCUUUAUGAUUAAUGACAAGUUGGCAAUAAAAAAUAAUUUGUAUGACACCAUAAAGCAUAAUACUAUAAGUAGUGAAGAUAUUUUACGUAUAAAAUAUUUCCCUUUAAAUAUUUUUAAAAUUAAGAGAAUUACGACAUGUAAUUCUACCUUACCUGGUCAUACGAAUUCAAUUCUCUGUUUAGCAUUCAGUCCAAAUAGCUCCCAUCUGGCUUCCGGCGCAGGGGACAACACAGUUCGGCUGUGGGACAUCAACACGCAAACACCAAUCGUCACGUUAAAAGAUCACACAAACUGGGUCUUAUCUGUUCUGUUUUCUCCAGAUAAUCAAUUCCUAGCGACAGCGGGUAUGGACCAAAAUGUCUUUAUAUACGAAACGCACACAGGAAAAUUAGUAAAUAAAUUAAGUGGACAUAAAAAGGAAGUUACAACGUUAUGCUUUGAGCCCCUUCACUUGCUUAACAGAAGCUCCAUACAGAAAAGUGCGGAUGAGGUUAAGAAGAGGAAAAGGGAAAACGAAAAAGGAAAGGAGAAAAGCAAUGGGGCCAAAAAGGGAAAAUCCGACGCAGAAACGGAAUUGGGGACCUCUUCUGGUGGGUCCCCAAAUGGAGAGAGCGAAGCGCCAAGUGGGGAAGCGAAAGAAAAUGAAAGGAAAAAUGGGGACGGAAGUAAGGUGAGCGGUGAUCAAUACAACCCAAAUAGUGACAACCAGGAAAGAAGUCCUCCAAAAGGUCCCCCUCACAAAAGUGCGUACUUCCUAAAAUGCAGACUCGCCAGCGCAGGCAAAGAUGGCUGCAUCCGAAUCAACAACGUGCUGAGCAACUGCGUGGAGAAGGUACUCACCGGACAUACAAACACAAUCACGUGCAUACUAUGGUCUGGCACGGACGAGCAGCAUAGCAGAAUCUACAGCAGCUCCAGAGACACCACCAUCAAAGUAUGGAACCCCAACGAAGGCACUCUUCUUCACAAUUUUAAGGGACACAAACACUGGGUUAAUUGCCUCUCUAUAAACACAGAACGGAUAAUCAAAAAUGGCAUCUACAACCUGGACCUUAUCAUAAACAAAAUACAUAUAGAAAAUCAUAUCGAAAAAUCAAGAAAAAUCUUUAAAAAUUUUCUCCAAAGCAUAAAGAAUGAAAAACUAGUAAGUGGAUCAGACGAUGGGACUCUUUACCUUAUUGAUUGUCUGCCAAAUGAUGAGUUCAAAUCCACCAGAUUAAUAGGUCACCAGAAGACAGUUAUACAUGCACAGUUUUCUCCCGAUGGGAAGUUCAUUGCUUCCUGCUCGUUCGAUAAUACGGUUAGAAUGUGGUCCGCAAGUGAUGGUCAAUUUUUAGCCACAUAUCGCGGCCAUGUUGGGCCCGUCUACAAAGUCGUGUGGUCCAUUGAUAACAACUACGUCGUUUCGUGCAGCCAAGAUAGCACCUUGAAAUUGUGGAAGGUCAGCCACCUCCUUUCGCAGUUAAAAAAGAGGAAGGUAACUCCCUCAGGGGAAGAAGAAGCAACUCUCUCAACUAAUGGGACUUCCAACGAUCAGGAAGGGAAAAGCGAUUCGAAGCACCAAAAUGGGAAGGAUUACCCUAACGGGAAAAGCACCAAAAAGGUGAAAACGCUGCUUGUGGAUCUUCCGGGGCACUCAGACGCUGUGUACGCCAUCGACUGGUCGAAUGAUGGCAAGUAUGUCGCCUCCGGAGGGAAAGACAAGCUUUUGAAGAUAUGGUCCUACUGA